AUGACGAUGAAGAGGCGGAUCGGUGUCUUGGCCGCUGCUGCAGCGAGCCGCUGCGCGCUGCGCCGGCUGCACCACGUGUCGUCUCGGCCCUUGCACGCGUCGGGUGCUGUCGCCUCCGCGAAAGGCGCCUCAAAUGCCGCUCUGUUGGGGGCUGUGCGGAAUCAAAGUGCCGUCCCGGACCGGCGCUUCCACUGCAGCGUUUGCAAAAAGUCGUUUCGCUUAGAGAUGGCGGCAAAGCUGCACCUUCAGCAGGUGCACAGCGGUGAGGGCGCGGUGGAGGCAGGCGCUGGUCCCGGACAGGGAGAGGAUCAGGCGUCGCAGACCCCGGUGGGUGUAUUUCGUAAUGCGCCUCCGCAGGCACCAACCGUCGUUACACCGAUCGUGCCAGACACUCACGAGCGCGCUGCGCGCCGUGAGAAGCCGGCACCAAAGCCACUUCACCAAGCCGAACGCGAGGUGCCAGGUAUUGUGAUGGAAAAGAUGCUCUCUGUAUGGGAUGACACAGGGGUGAAGCGGAUGGGGGAUCAGUUUGUUCACAGUAGCAUGGUAAUGCGCGUGUUUGCCGCUCGCCCGUCUGACAGCGCCGAGCCGUUGUACGGCGUCAUGAAUCCAGAGGGUGAGAACCCGUUCGAGGGUGGCCCGUAUGCCCCCGACGUGGCUGGUUCUAUCACGAAGGACGAGGUCAAAUUUUACAACAUCGGUAUAGGUGACGCGUUUGCGCUGGCGUGUGGCGAGUCUUUCGGUCCAUUGCGUCCUGCUCGGUGCCCAAACCCAUUCCUCCGAAAACUAGCAAAGGAUGCUGCGAAAACCGCCCCAAGGGUGGGGUUGGCAGAGCAGCAAACGGCGCCGGUAACACCGUUCGGACAGCUCCCCAUGUUUGGGCAGACUCCGUCUCCUGCUACGGCCCCAGCUCCCAGCGCCGCCGAGGAACCGUCGACCACGAUCAACAGCGUCGUCUCUUCCCCCUUCGCCGCCGGCGCCAACGACUCGCCUUUUGCUGGGACGACGGACUUUCCGUUUGCUGGGCAAGGGCUCUCUCCGUUCGGAUCGGUGAAGGAGCCAGCAGAUCAGGCCGCUGCCGAGCCCGGGAUUGCCGCGCGAUCGGCGGCCUCGUCGGAGGCGCCGGCCUCACCGUUCGUGGCUGCAUCUAGUGCUCUUCCUCCGUCCCCGUUCGCCGCAGCUCCGAGCCCUUUCACCGAAUCUUCUGGGGCAGCAGCCCCGUAUGCUGCGAGGGACGCAGCCGCGGUGGCAAGCGGCGCUGAGGGUCAUGACGCCGCCUUCUUUUCCUCUUCCGCCGCGUCUUCCGUGAGCGCGCCGGCUGAGGUGGCGCCCGCACCGACGCAUGUGUGUACCGUUUGCAAGAAGAACUUUUCGACGUAUGACGGCCUUCGAAUGCAUAGCAAGGCCAAGCAUGGGGAGGAGCUGCCGAAGGGGCGGCGAAACGGGAAGCGCGAGGUUCCGGACUUACCAGCUUUCAUUCCCAGUCCGGUGGACCUCACGAUGACGUCACCCUUCGGCUCGUCGGCGCAACGGUCGGCGUGGACGGAAGUGGAGCUGAAACCGUACGCGCAGUCUGUGAGUAACAUUACUGUGGCGGGCCGCGUGCUGGAUAGCGAAGUUUUGAGUGACGGGGCGUUGCUUUUGUCGCUUUUCGUCCGCGACUCGGCCGAAAGCGAGUCUGAGGUAAUUCCUGUUCGAUGCACCUCAGCUGCCUUUAGAACGCUUGGCAGAACGCUCGUGUAUGGCGAUCUCGUGUUCGCCUGUGGUUCGCUGCGCGUUUUGCCAUUUACGGAUAAGAAAACACAAAAGAGAUACUCCUCGGCAGUCGUGCACGUGGGUCUUCCAACUGGCAUGAUUGCCAAACUGAAUUGA